AUGCACGGCGUUCAGCUGCCGCUCCUUCAGCCAGUCUUGCAGGAGAAACUGGAGUGCAGGAAAGAAACAAGUGCCAUUGGGACGCAUCGGUCCUGGAAGUACGUGGUCUCUGUUCUCUCUACAAAGGGAUUUAGGCAACUGGUGUGUGAUCGAACCAUCUACUUUCACCCCAUCACCAAGCUCUGGGGCUAUUUAUUUGUGCUGAGCAAAGUCCUGGAACUAGGUGACACUGUGUUCAUUGUUCUCCGGAAACAGAGGCUCAUCUUUCUCCACUGGUACCACCAUGCUGUUACACUGAUCUACAGCUGGUUUGCCUAUAAGCAGAUAGUACCAGGCUGCAGCUUGCUCAUUACCAUGAACUUCACUGUCCAUACUUUCAUGUACUCCUACUACGCCAUGCGAGCAGCAGGCUUUUGGGUACCCCGCUACAUCGCUAUAGCAAUCACCUUUUCACAGAUCCUGCAGAUGCUGGUAGCUGUGAUAGUGAACAUCUUACUCUUCUUCUGGAUGGAGAAAGAAAUCUCCCAUGCUGUCUGGUCAGGUGUUUUCUUUUCAUUUGUGAUGUACCUCAGUUACUUGGUGCUCUUCUGCAACUUCUUCUCCAAGACUUACCUGACCAGUGCCAAGAAAUCAAAGGGGGAAUAA